AUUUAAAAAUAAAACCGUUUUUAAUAGACAAUAGGUUACAUAACCAUCCAUAUAUACCAUGGAAUCACCAAAAAUAUUCCUCCGGCCGUUUAAUCUCUCAGACGCCGAAGAGGUUCUUAAAUGGGCCGGUGACGAUGACGUGACACGUUACCUCCGUUGGGACUCCGUUAAGACUAUAGAAGAAGCCCAACAACUCAUCCUCCAAAAGGCUAUACCACACCCAUGGCGCCGUUCCAUCUCUUUGCUUGACGACGGUCGUUCAAUCGGUUGUGUCUCCAUCAGGCCUGAUUCCGGAGAUGGUAGUUGCCGGGCUAACCUCGGAUACGCAGUCUCCAAAGAGUUUUGGGGGCGGGGGAUAGCCACCGCUGCGGUGAGGAUGGCGGUGGACCAAGCUUUCGAGGCUUUUCCGGCAGUAGUGAGGCUACAAGCGGUGGUGGAAGUGGAGAAUAAAGCGUCUCAGAAGGUUUUGGAGAAAGUUGGGUUUGAAAAAGAGGGUUUGCUUAAAAAGUAUGGUUUUUGCAAAGGAGUGGUUAGAGAUAUGUUUUUGUAUAGUUUUGUUAAUUAUGCUAAGUAAUAUAAUAACUAAGGAAAUAAUGGGAAGUAACUUGAUAAGAUCAGUCGAAAACUCGAAAUGAUCUUUUUUAGUUUGCAAAGAAAAAGAUGACUACGGCAACGAGCGAUGGUCCCUUUUGUCUCUAUGUCCUUAUCAUGUCAUAAGUUGUUCUAAGUCGUGCCAUAUGAAUUAUGAUAUAUGAUGACUUUUCUCUUUAGUUCAA